ACAACACCCUUUUAACUCUAUAUAACCCACUCUCAAUGCUCAUUUCUUUUCAUCAAAACCUUAGCCUUCUAUAACUUUCCUCCUUUUCAAUCACUUGCAUAUAUUCUUUGCUAUUCCAAUGGCCACUGUUGAGGUUGUAUCAGCAAAGGUUGCCCUUCCAGAGGACAAGAUAGAGGCAUCAUUGAAGGGUGACGAGGCAAAGAAAGAAGAAAUUGCUGCAACUCCAACACCAACACAAGCAGCAGAGUCUGUCACUGAGAAAACCAACGAGGCCCCAGAAGCAGCAGCCUCAGAAGACAAGCCCUCGGUCGAAGUUGAGACUAAAGAAGUGGCAGAAGAGGUUACAGAAGAGGUUGCAGAAGAGCCAACAGUUGAGAAGACGGAAGAGGAAACUUCAAAGGAAGAAGCCGAGACAGAAGAAGCAAAAGAAAAUGCUGAUCCCGAUGAGGUGAAAACAGCAGAAGCUGUGACAGUGACAGAGACUGAGAAAGAAGAUGAUGGUGUAGCGAAGGAAGAGGUAAAGACAGAAAGCCCAGAAGGGAAAAGCGAGGAGGAGAAGGUUGAGACAGAAGGGUCGGAUGAAAAGAAAGAGGAGGAAGUGAUAGCAGAAGGUGAGAAGAGCGAGGAGGUGGCAGUGACAGAGGCUCCGUCAGAGACGACCGAGUAAAGAAAAUAUGCAGUUUGCAUCAUUAUGUGUUGUUGUUGUUGCUGCAUGUGUUUUGCUUUGUUUGCUUAGUGGUCUAAUAAAAGAUGUAGCGAAAUAGGAAGAAUGGAGGGAUAGUUGAGUUCAGACAUGGCAACAACUCCAUCCAAGGUAGUACUAGUAUCUAUCAAUGAUGUCUGUCAUGUUUCUUGUGUCAUUCUGCAUGCAGGAUAACUUUCUUUCAUCAAAUAAAUACGUAGAUUAUUGCUAUCUUA